AUGACCUUACCGCAACACUCAUCACCCGCAGUGGACUUUUUAAAUCUCACUCUGUUCAUGGUUUCGAACAAGCUCUUUACACUGGAUUCGGAUAUGAGCAAAAAAGUCUAUAACUGGAUCCAACGCCGUUCGGAUGUCGGGGUUCUUGAAUAUCUCUUAUCCGUUGGCGGGCCGACGGCCGAAGCCCUUGCAGAGCAGUUCUUCUCUCUCGCGAUGGAGGAGAAGGAUGCCCCUACUGUCAAGAGGAUAUUAGAUUCCGGUCUUAAUCCCAAUGAGUUGAGACGGUCUAAUUCUUGGUAUCAGCUCACACCGCUUCAACGAGCUUGCGAACUGCGCAGCCUGGAGCUUGUGCGAGUAUUGUUGGAUGCUGGAGCAGACGUCAACAGCUCAUUGCGAAACACUAAAUCUCCUCUGAGCUAUCUAAUUCACCGAAUAGUCGCGAAUUGGGACGGUGAUGGCACUGAGAAUUGGGACGGUGAUGACAUUGAGAAUAGCGACAUUGAUGACAUUGAGAAUCGCAAUCUUGAUGACAUUGAGCUGGUACAAGUUCUCCUUCGCGCAGGCGCCAAUGUCAAUCCCCCGGAUGAAUCCCCGCUGACAGAGGUUGCAUCAUCAUGCAUUCCGAAACUCGUUGCUGUCCUUCUUUCUGCGGGAGCAGAUCCAAAUGUCUCAGAUGACCAUUCCGGCACUACUCCACUCAGUGCGGCAGUGCAAAGUCGUGGGCCUAUAUCCGAUAUUAUCUCGAUAGUUCGCCAUCUGCUUCAGGCCGGCGCUCAUGUGAAUGCUGUUACUUCUGAUUGCGAUGGAGAAACAGUAACUGUGUUGGAGGCGGCAUUGAGCUCUUCCAGCGUCGAAUUGAGCUCUUCCAGCGUCGACUUGAUCCGAAUACUGUUGGAGAGGGGAGCGCAUGUUACCGAAUCCGCAUUGGUCGGAGCCGUGGAGGUGGGCAACUUGGACAUCGUCAAUCUCUUCCUCCGCUCUUCAGCUCGAGUCACGCAGAAAGCAAUCAAAGAGGCAGCACGCAGUGGUCAAUGGGGAAUAUUUUGGCACCUGCUUGACUCUGCAGAAGACAGCAUAAAGGAAAGCAACCUCAGUGAUGCACUGACCGCAGCUAUAAAUCGUGGAGAAAAAGAUCUGGUUGACACUCUAUCUACGUCUGGCGCCAAACUUCGAAGCUCUCCCGGGCUGACUGCGGCCAUCCAGGCAGCUGCUUCUAGGGGAGACAUUUCAGUCCUUCGUCUCCUUCUCAGUGAUGGGUCGAAAUACCGAGCUACCGCUAUCGAGUCUUUAGGUUGCGCUCUCAGCGUUGCCAUUGCCCAGGGCAAAAGCGACGUCACUACGUUACUUCUUACGGCUGGUGCAGACGUAAACGACCGGAACACUAAAACAGAGAGCACUCCCCUUUUGGAGGCAAUACGUCAGAAGGAUGCUGGCCUUUCACAAAGGCUCUUAGCUGCUGGGGCAGAGGUUAACACGACAAUAACUAAUCAUCAAGGCAUUGACCACAGAUGUACAACUUCUGCACUGCCAGCAGCAGUGGAAUUCGGUCAUCACCCAUUGAUCCGAGACAUAAUCGCUGCAGGAGGUGAUGUUAACGCGCCUGCGUGGGAAAAAGGCAAAACGGCACUCACGAUAGCAGUCGAGCGAGGUGACUCGACCAUCAUUCAACUUUUGAUUGAUGCUGGUGCGGACGUUAAUGCUUCAGCUGCCAGUUAUUUUGGAUAUACAGCUCUUUCAGCUGCUGUUCGGAACAAUGACAUCAACAUGGUCCACUUUCUCCUUGACCUGGGGGCGGACCCGAAUGAGCAGUCCUUGACUGCUGCUGUUUACAAAAGCAUAGAGGUGAUGCAAACACUGCUAACAGCCAGGUUAGCCAGGUAUAAACAUUUCUCGACAGGAUUUGGUUGCCCAAAACUGCAGCAUGCUAUCGCGUCAUCAAAUGCUGUCAUGAUUGAAGCGCUACUAUCGAGUGGCGUGGAUCCAAACACUAUUGUCAGGUUCCAUUAUGGAGAAUACAAGAAUUUUGUCCACUCCUCUGUUGAGUUGCACAGAGAGUCUGCCUUUGGAACAGCAAUCAGGGUUGACAAGAGCAAGGACCUAUGGGUGAUCCAGAUGCUCUUGCACCGCGGUGCGGAUCCCAACAAGGUCGUGAAUGACACUAGAGAUAAUACCGCUCUUCUGUCAGCCAUCAAGCAGGGGAGACCGGAACUCGUCAAAAUGCUAAUAGCUGCCGGAGCAGAUGUGAAUCUGCCACCCGUCGAUCGGGUGUCGGCUACGCCGCUGCAACGGGCAGUUGAGCGAGGCAAAACGGAUAUUAUAGAUAUACUCUUGGAGCAAGGUGCAGAUGUGAAUGCACCUCCGUGUGGUCGAACUGGAGCAACUGCGCUUCAAUUUGCUGCUAUCAACGGAUACAUCGGCAUAGCGACUAUACUGCUAGCGAAGGGAGCUAACAUCAACGCUUCGCCCGCGAAGAUUGGAGGGAGAACAGCACUUGAAGGAGCGGCUGAGCAUGGUCGGAUCGAUAUGCUACAGUUCCUCCUGGAUGCUGGAGUGCAACUCAUCGGACAAGGGAGUGAACAGUACGCAAGAGCACGAGAACUUGCUUCGGAGAAUGGUCACAUCGCCGCGAGGCGCCUUCUGGAGGCUUAUUACGCUCGGCAGGUGAUGGCUAUAUAG